AGUAACCCUACUUUUAUGCCUUACAUAACCUUAGAUUUUACGACAAAAUCUUUACUCUUCCUUAAAUAUGACUGUUUUUAAUAUUCUAAGAGCUUUAAAAACCGUCUCUAGACAGUCAUUGCACACAAACAGUAUUAUAAUAUGUCCAGUAAGGUCUAUGUCAAGCAAUGCAAAGUUUGCAGACCACAAAGAUAUCACAAAAAUAAGAAAUAUUGGAAUAUCCGCUCACAUAGAUUCUGGAAAAACUACAUUAACUGAAAGAAUUUUAUUCUAUACUGGUCGCAUAGAUUCUAUGCAUGAAGUUAGAGGUAAAGACAAUGUUGGGGCAACGAUGGACUCUAUGGAACUUGAAAGGCAAAGGGGAAUAACUAUUCAGUCUGCCGCUACAUACACUCUUUGGAAGGAUCACAAUAUUAAUAUAAUUGAUACACCGGGUCAUGUAGAUUUUACUGUUGAAGUAGAAAGAGCUCUUAGGGUAUUAGAUGGUGCUGUCUUAGUUUUAUGUGCGGUUGGCGGAGUACAGAGUCAGUCAUUGACGGUAAAUAGGCAAAUGAAGAGAUACAAUGUUCCUUGUAUAGCUUUCAUUAAUAAAUUAGACAGAAUGGGAGCAAAUCCAAAUAGAGUAUUGUCUCAAAUGAGGUCAAAACUUCGCCACAAUGCUGCAUUUAUUCAGUUGCCUAUUGGUUUGGAAAGUGACUGUAAAGGUAUAAUAGAUAUUGUAACUCAAAAAGCGAUUUAUUUUGAUGGAGAUUAUGGAGACCAACUGCGGUAUGAGGACAUUCCUGCUGAUAUGAAAACAGAAGUUAAAGAGAGACGCCAUGAGCUCAUAGAGCACCUCUCAAAUGUUGAUGACGUUUUGGGUGAAUUGUAUUUAGAGGAAAAAGAAAUAACUGAAUCAGAUAUUAAAGGUGCUAUAAGAAGGACAUGCUUAAAGAGAACUUUUACCCCAGUUAUGACAGGCACAGCAUUGAAAAACAAGGGUGUACAGCCACUUUUAGAUGCCAUUCUCGAUUAUUUACCAAACCCUGGAGAAGUAGAGAACUAUGCUAUUAAGGAAACUGCAGAAGACUCAGAACCAGAAAAAGUUUUAUUGGAUCCGGCACGUUCUAAUGAUAAACCAUUUGUGGCUUUAGCUUUCAAAUUAGAAGCUGGAAGAUUUGGCCAGUUAACAUAUAUGAGAUGCUAUCAAGGCCAGUUAUCAAAAGGAGACACAAUCUUUAAUGCUCGUACCCAAAGAAAAAUUAGAAUUGCUAGGUUAGUCAGAAUGCAUUCAAAUCAAAUGGAGGAUGUUACUGAGGUUUAUGCUGGCGAUAUUUUUGCCUUGUUUGGAGUGGAUUGUGCUAGUGGAGACACAUUUGUAACAGAUCUGAAACAUCACUUAUCAUUAGAGUCAAUAUUUGUGCCUGAACCUGUCGUUUCAAUGGCUAUUAGCCCUGUAAAUAGUAAGGACAGAGACAAUUUUUCAAAAGCCAUAGCUCGUUUCACUAAGGAAGACCCCACGUUCCACUUUUAUUUCGAUAGUGACAAUAAAGAAACUCUUGUGUCUGGAAUGGGUGAAUUACAUUUGGAAAUCUAUGCUCAAAGAAUGGAAAGGGAAUACAAUUGUCCAGUACUCUUGGGAAAGCCCAAAGUGGCAUUCAGGGAAACCCUUGUAUCAUCAUGUGAAUUUGAUUAUCUGCAUAGGAAGCAGACAGGUGGACAAGGACAGUAUGCCAGAGUUAUAGGUGUAUUGGAACCAUUACCCGCGCAUAAGAACACUGUGUUAGAAUUUGUUGAUGAAACAGUUGGUACUAACGUACCUAGGCAGUUCGUUCCUGGAGUACAAAGAGGAUUUUUGACGAUGGCGGAAAAAGGUUUGUUGGCAGGACAGAAAUUGGCCGGUGUAAAGUUCAGACUCCUUGAUGGUGAUCAUCAUAUUGUGGAUUCCAGCGAAUUGGCGUUCUUUUUAGCUGCUCAGGGAGCUCUUAAAGAAGUGUUUGAAAAAGGCAGCUGGCAAAUUUUGGAACCAAUUAUGACUGUGGAAAUAAAUGCCCCCGAUGAGUUCCAAGGUGCGGUGAUGACCCAACUAAAUAAAAGGCACGGUAUAAUUACUGGUGUAGAAGGAACUGAAGGCUGGUUUACACUCCACGCGGAAGUUCCCUUAAACGAAAUGUUUGGAUACGUUGGAGAGCUAAGGUCGAGUACACAGGGCAAGGGAGAAUAUACAAUGGAAUAUAGUAGAUACACACCAUGUUUACCAGAAGUUCAAGAACAACUGAUACUCAAUUACCAAAAAGCCACAGGUCAGAUACAAGAGAAAGAUCAGAAAAAGAAAAGAAAUUAAUAUUAAAUAUAAAUAGUAUAUAAUUUGUAUGAUAUUUAAGUUCAAAGAGGAAUGUAUGAUGUGUUAAAGAUUGGUUCUUAAAUUAUUGACAGUUAUUUUGUUAUUAAACAGUAAAUAACAAAAUAACUGAAAAAAAAUUUACUUUUUUAUUGGCAAUGUAUAUAAAUAUGUCGUUUUUGUAUAUCAUUUAUGAAAUAAAAAUAAUAGAAAAUUA